AUGUUUGCAGAGCCGUCAAUGCCAGAACGCCGGCCUUCGCCAGGCCUGCAGCUCAACCUCUCCUCCAACAACCCCUUCCGCAGAGCCGCCUCGCCUGGCUUCCCUUCUCCCGCCUUUCCUUCUCCCGCAAGUGCCACCAACCGCUCCAGCUCUGGCAGCAGACCAAUGUCGCGCAAUCCCUUCAUCACCACGUUCGAGGCCGAGUUCAACAAGGAGGCAUCGCGCGACCUCGUUGACAUGUCGGCCACCAUGAAGGACUCGCCCAAGAAGUCGACCUUUGCCGACGAUCUCCUUAAAAGCCUCUCCAUUGAUGAUGGCGAGAAGAAGAAGCCGCCGCCCCCCUCGCGCCCAGCACCCGGCCGAAGCGGCACCGACCCCCGUGCAACUCACCGCCCGUCACGCUCCGACGAGGAGAGGCAGCGCGUGCGUGACGCCUCGCGAGGCCCUCCUCGUCCUCGCGGCCCCCCAGGUUCGCGCCCUCCGCACCCCGACAGCCCAGAACGCCGCGAGACACGCCGCCCACGCCGCAACUCGGACUCGUCGAUUGUCGACCGCUCUCUGGACCCACGCGAGGAGCGCAGGCGCAGGGAGCGUCGCCGCGAGCGUGAGGAGCGCUCCAAGGAUGGCAAGGACCCCAAGACGGGCAAGCGUAUCCGCAAGCCCCAGGGUCUCGAUCUGAUUGACAAGCUCGACGUCACGGGAAUCUACGGACCCAGCAUGAUUCACCACGAUGGUCCGUAUGACGCGGUGCAGCCGCACCGCAACCGCAAAAAGGAUCAGCGCGCACCCAUGGAAGCUUUCCCUGCCGGGUCCGCCAACAACUCGCUCGGCGGCGCUGGACCGCUCAACACCAAGAUUGACUUGGACCGCAUCCACGGCCGAGGCGCCGAGGGCUUCACCGACUUUGGCAACACCGACAUUGACUGGAAGAAGAGGACACAGGCUACCGAGUACAGUGCAAAGGCUCCAGAGCACAUUGUACACGGCGAGCAGAGCAACGGUCUGGGAACGUCGACGUUCCUCGAAGGCGCCCCAGCCUCCCGCAAGGCCAUUCAGGAGGACAGCGAUGCCCAGAGGCAGAAGCAGCUGGCUGAAAAUGGUCUGGGCCGCAAGAAGUCGAUUGCUCAGCGUUUCCGCGGCAUCUCGCAGCCUCGCCGUUAUGACGGUCCUCGCAUGAACUCGCCAGAGGCGCGUUACGGACACUCGCCCAGUCUCAGCGGCCCCCACAGUGCUGGAGCUAUUGCACAGACCAAGGCCAACGAGAAGAAUCCAUUCUUCAGCGACGAUUAUGACAAGGCAUACGACGCCAAGGGCGCCGCUAUUAAGACGAACGAUUUUGAUGGAAACAUGGGUUCGCCACCCCGUGGCAACAACUUGCAACGAUCCAUCACUACGGACAAUAUGUCAUCUCCCGAUGCAAAGGCACCGAGCGGUGGUUUCCUCAACCGCGUCAAGUCUCUCAAGGGCGGUCGUCGCCGUCCUGCCUGA